AGGGCUGAAGCUUCUGCAGGCACCCAUGGCUUCCGUGAGCCUGUGGCUGGCAGCAGGGACUGUCACUGCACGUGACAGCUGGGGGACACCACCUCCGUGGGGAGGCCUCCCUGCCCCCAGGGCGAAGGCCCUUUCACAGUGGCGCUGUGCUACCCCGGGAGCCCCCGUGGAUGGGUGGCCAUAAUGGGACAGCCGGGUGGCCCCUGUGGGUGGGUGGGUGGUCGCGACAAGGGACAGCCGGGUGGCCCCUGUGGGUGGGUGGGUGGUCGCGACAAGGGACAGCCGGGUGGCCCCUGUGGGUGGGUGGGUGGUCGCGACAAGGGACAGCCGGGUGGCCCCUGUGGGUGGGUGGGUGGUCGCGACAAGGGACAGCCGGGUGGCCCCUGUGGGUGGGUGGUCACGACAAGGGACAGCCCGGGUGCCCGCUGACCGCAGGAGGCGAUUGCCAGUGAGCGGGGACCUGCCGGGCGACGCUGACCACUGGGGGGGACGGCCGCGCGGCCCCGCCCCUCCGCGCAUGCGCAGAUUCCGUCGGCCGGCACUCGGGGUGCGGGGCCCCCUCCGCCCCCGCCGGCGACAAAGGCCGAGCGCGAGGGGCGGCGGGACCUGGCUGAGCCGCCUUUGUGCGCGCCCCCGCGCCGCGCCGCCCCGCCCCGGGAACGCGCCCCAGGACCCGGCUCCCGGAGGGUCCCCGCGCCCCCAGACCCCCGCCGACCUCCGCUCCCAGCAACCUCUCCAGCGCCCCUCCCCGCACCGGCGCCCCCGCCCCUCCCGCGCCCCUCUGCAAGAUGGCCACCCCCGCAGCCGCCAACCCCCCGGAAAUGUCUGCAGACAUCUCUGGGGCCGUGGCCUUACCCGUGGCUCCCAUGGCCACCGGUGGGCAGGUGAGGAUGGCGGGGGCCGUGCCUGCACGUGGUGGAAAAAGGCGCUCUGGCAUGGACUUCGACGAGGAGGACGGCGAGGGCCCCAGCAAGUUCUCCAGAGAGAACCACAGUGAGAUUGAGCGGCGGCGCCGGAACAAGAUGACGCAGUACAUCACCGAGCUGUCGGACAUGGUGCCCACUUGUAGUGCGCUGGCCCGCAAGCCUGACAAGCUGACCAUCCUGCGCAUGGCCGUGUCCCACAUGAAGUCCAUGCGCGGCACCGGCAACAAGUCCACUGAUGGCGCCUACAAACCCUCCUUCCUAACCGAGCAGGAGCUGAAGCACCUCAUCUUGGAGGCGGCCGACGGCUUCCUGUUUGUGGUGGCGGCUGAGACGGGCCGUGUCAUCUACGUGUCGGACUCUGUGACACCCGUGCUCAACCAGCCGCAGUCAGAGUGGUUUGGGAGCACAUUGUACGAGCAGGUGCACCCGGACGACGUGGAGAAGCUGCGGGAGCAGCUCUGCACCUCUGAGAACUCCAUGACGGGCCGCAUCCUGGACCUGAAGACGGGGACCGUGAAGAAGGAGGGCCAGCAGUCCUCCAUGCGCAUGUGCAUGGGGUCCCGGAGAUCUUUCAUCUGCAGAAUGAGGUGUGGCAAUGCCCCCUUGGAGCACCUACCCCUGAACAGGAUCACCACCAUGAGGAAGCGGUUCCGGAAUGGCCUGGGGCCGGUGAAGGAGGGGGAGGCGCAGUACGCGGUGGUGCACUGCACAGGCUACAUCAAGGCCUGGCCACCCGCAGGAAUGACCAUCCCGGAGGAGGAUGCCGACGUGGGCCAGGGUAGCAAGUACUGCCUGGUAGCCAUCGGACGGCUGCAGGUGACCAGCUCCCCCGUCUGCAUGGACAUGAGCACCAUGGCUGUCCCCACCGAGUUUCUGUCGCGUCACAACUCUGAUGGUGUCAUCACCUUCGUGGACCCUCGCUGCAUCAGUGUCAUAGGCUACCAGCCCCAGGACCUGCUGGGGAAGGACGUCCUGGAGUUCUGCCACUCUGAGGAUCAGAGCCACCUGCGGGAGAGCUUUCAGCAGGUGGUGAAGCUCAAGGGCCAGGUGCUCUCCGUCAUGUACCGCUUCCGCACCAAGAGCCGCGAGUGGCUGCUGCUACGUUCCAGCAGCUUCACUUUCCAGAACCCAUACUCGGACGAGAUCGAGUACGUCAUCUGCACCAACACCAACAUCAAGCAACUGCAGCAGCAGCAGGCAGAGCUGGAGGUGCACCAGCGGGAUGGGCUGUCCUACGACCUCUCUCAGGUGCCCGUGCCCACGCUGGCGGCCGUGCAUGAGGCUGGGAAGGCGGUGGACAAGGCCGAUGGCCUCUUCUCCCAGGAGCGGGACCCACGCUUCACAGAGAUGUUUGCGGGCAUCAGUGCCUCUGAGAAGAAGAUGCUGAGCUCAGCGCCGGGCGCCCAGCCCAUCUAUCCACAGGGCAGCCCCUUCCCGGCUGGCCACUCGGGGAAGGCCUUCAGCUCCUCCGUGGUGCACGUGUCCAGUGUGAGUGACCUCCCGGCCUCGUCCUCCAGCAGCCAGACCAUGCCCCAGAUCUCACGGCAGCUGAGCCAGGGCCAGGUGGCCUGGACGGGCAGCAGGCCGCCCUUCCCGGGGCAGCAGCUGCCCUCUCAGACCAGCAAGACACAGGCAGCUGCCUUCGGUCUGGGGACGAGCCACAGCUACCCUGCGGACCCUGCCUACAGCCCCCUGUCCAGCCCAGCCACCUCCUCGCCUAGCGGCAGCGCCUACUCCAGCCUGGCCAGCAGGACCCCUGGCUUCCCUGAGGGCGGCCAGAGCAGCGGGCAGUUCUCAGGACGGCCGUCGGAGGUGUGGUCCCAGUGGCAGAGCCAGCACCACGGGCAGCAGAGUGGGGAGCAGCACACACACACUCAGCCUGGCCAGACCGAGGUGUUCCAGGACAUGCUGCCUAUGGCUGGGGACCCCACACAGGGCACCGGCAACUACAACAUCGAGGACUUUGCUGACCUGGGCAUGUUCCCACCCUUCUCGGAGUAGCUGCCAGCCAGCCUAGGCUGCUCUGUGUCUGUCUGUUCCCUGAGCCGUGAAUGGAGCCACCAGGCUCCUCAUCUCUGUCCUCUGAGCUGUGACCUAAGCCACUAGGCUCCCCUGUGUCUGUUCCCUGAGCUGUGACUUGGGCCA